UGAUGCUCUUCUUCUCUCUAAUUUAAAAAUCUCUUCUUUUUCUGGUUUUCUUCUUUCAGCAACAAAAAUCCUUUUGCUUCAGACAUUGCGGAGCUGUUUCGACGAUUCCGACCAGUAUGGUCUGGAUCCUCUGUUUUCUCUCAUUCUCUUAUUGACCUCAUUCUCUUCCAAUCAUGGAGAUUCCACUCGCACGUUACCAAAGCAGAAGAUUAGACGAGAUUCGAGACUCUUCUUCCAAUCCCAAGGUUUUCAAUUUCCCGCGAAAAUUCUCAUUACGAGGAAGAAGAUGGAAGAAUCCAUUUGGGAGAAUCAGUUGUUCUUCUGUAGUUCAAGGGCUGAAACCAAAACCAAAGCUGAAACCAGAACCAAUUAGAAUCGAGGUUGAGGAAUCGAAAGAUCAGGUUUUUGAUGAUACCCAGAUCAGGAAAUCUGGUGUGAGGAUUUGUAGUCAGAUAGAGAAGUUGGUUUUGUGUAAUAGGUUCAGAGAAGCGUUUGAAUUGUUUGAGAUUCUGGAGAUUCGAUGUAGUUUUAAGGUUGGUGUUAGUACUUAUGAUGCUUUAGUUGAAGCUUGUAUUCGUUUGAAAUCGAUUCGGUGUGUUAAAAGAGUUUAUGGGUUUAUGAUGAGUAAUGGGUUUGAGCCGGAGAAGUAUAUGAUGAAUAGAAUCUUGUUGAUGCAUGUGAAAUGUGGGAUGAUUAUUGAUGCACGUAGGUUGUUUGAUGAAAUGCCUGAGAGAAACUUGUUUUCUUAUAACUCGAUUAUUUCUGGGUUUGUUAAUUUUGGGAAUUAUGUUGAAGCUUUUGACCUGUUUAAGAUGAUGUGGGAGGAGCUUUCUGAUUGUGAGACUCAUACGUUUGCGGUGAUGCUUCGUGCGUCGGCUGGGUUAGGGUCUGUUUAUGUGGGGAAACAGUUACACGUUUGUGCAUUGAAAUUAGGAGUUGUUGAUAAUACCUUUGUUUCGUGCGGAUUGAUUGAUAUGUAUAGCAAGUGUGGGGACAUUGAGGAUGCUCGAUGUGCUUUCGAGAUUAUGCCUGAGAAAACUACUGUUGCUUGGAACAACAUCAUAGCAGGUUAUGCGCUUCAUGGUUAUAGUGAGGAAGCUCUGUGUUUGUUGUAUGAGAUGCGAGACUCAGGUGUCGCUAUGGAUCAGUUCACACUUUCGAUAAUGAUAAGAAUUUCUACAAGGCUUGCAAAGCUUGAGCUUACUAAACAGGCACACGCUAGUUUGAUUCGAAGCGGUUUUGAAUCGGAAAUUGUCGCAAACACGGCUCUUGUGGAUUUUUAUAGCAAAUGGGGUAGAGUAGAUACUGCUAGAUAUGUUUUUGAUAAAUUGCCGAGGAAAAAUAUAAUCUCAUGGAACGCUUUGAUGGGUGGAUAUGCAAAUCAUGGAAGAGGAACCGAUGCUGUUAGAUUGUUUGAGAAAAUGAUUGCUGCAAAAGUUGCUCCAAACCACGUCACAUUUCUUGCAGUUUUAUCAGCGUGUGCCUAUUCAGGUUUAUCUGAGCAAGGUUGGGAGAUUUUUCUAUCGAUGAGUGAGGUUCAUGGGAUCAAACCAAGGGCGAUGCAUUAUGCCUGCAUGAUUGAGCUGUUGGGUAGAGACGGUUUAUUAGAUGAAGCCAUUGCUUUCAUCAGAAGAGCUCCUUUGAAAACAACGGUGAAUAUGUGGGCAGCACUCUUGAAUGCAUGUAGGAUGCAGGGAAACUUAGAGCUUGGAAGAGUGGUUGCUGAAAAACUCUAUGGAAUGGGACCCGAGAAGCUCGGAAACUACGUUGUUCUGUAUAAUAUGUACAAUAGUAUGGGAAAAACUGCAGAAGCUGCAGGAGUUUUAGAGACAUUGGAGAGCAAAGGUUUAAGCAUGCUGCCGGCUUGUACUUGGGUCGAGGUUGGAGAUCAGACUCACAGUUUUCUUUCAGGAGAUAGGUUUGAUUCUUACAAUGAGACAGUGAAAAGGGAAAUAUACCAAAAAGUUGAUGAACUAAUGGAAGAAAUUUACGAGUAUGGGUAUUUGGCGGAAGAGAAAAACCUUCUACCAGACGUGGAUGAGAAAGAAGAAGAACGAGUAGGGCGAUAUCACAGCGAGAAGCUUGCGAUAGCUUAUGGAUUGGUGAACACGCCGGAAUGGAAUCCAUUGCAGAUUACUCAGAACCAUAGGAUAUGCAAAGAUUGCCACAAGGUAGUUGAGUUCAUAUCUUUGAUUACAGGAAGAGAGAUGGUAGUAAGAGACGCGAGCCGGUUCCAUCAUUUCAAAGAAGGAAAGUGUUCUUGUGGAGGUUAUUGGUGAAUCAUCAUCAUAAGUAGAAGUAGACUCCCAUGUUCUUUUGUUGUUAUGGGUUCUUGUUUCUUUACGCUAAAGUUAUAUAUAUAUGUAUAACACAGGGAAAAUAGUGUGAUCAUGUAAUGGUUUCUAUGAUUCUUUUAGCAUUGUUAUCAAUAAAGUUAAAAGUUUUUU